GCAGAUGAGACAUCUGACGAGAUGUGCGUUGAUACAGAGUCCAAUCCAGAAGUUGGGCUUACAUCCACGAGUGCAGUCACAAUUGAAUACGCUGUCACCCAAUUGCAGCAGAGCAUCCGUCAGAUAAUCAAGGAGUCGUUGAAUACUGAACAGCUGCGCAACUGUCUAGCCAACAUACAGAAACAAAGCGAUGGAAAAGAGGUCAUGCUCGCUGUUGAGCGAAAUCAGAAGCUUCAGCUCGCUGCGAGGCUGAAAGACCUCUAUGAAAACGGAAAGCUAAAAAUAUUUGAGCAAAUAGCAGAUUUUAAUGAGAGCAUAAAGUUGAAGGGAUCAAGCAAAGUGAGGCUCAAAGUCAAAAAGCAAAAGCUUGAUACAGAAUACAAAACGGAUUCACCCAACAUGGACAUGCCUCCGCUCCCCAAAAUCGAGGACCCGGUCAUAGAAGCCAGAGUCUUUACACAUCGUUCUGCAAUCAGUAAUAGUAAACAUCUUUCCAAGAAGGAGAUUUUGGAGUCGAACAACGAGCGAUUAGAGUUCUUGGGAGAUUCGAUCAUUAACAGUCUCGUUACGCAGAUACUAUUCGAACGAUACCCAAGUUUCGACGAGGGAGAAUUAUCCAUUUUACGUUCUCAGCUAGUCAGUAACAGCUCUCUGGGCGAAUUCUCUGAGAAGUACGGAUUUCCUGAAAAGCUGGUUGUGAACUUUGCGAAGGAUGCUGCGUUCCAGAAGGGUAAACACAAGAUUUACUCAGAUGUCUUUGAAGCAUAUGUUGGCGGGCUUUGCGUGGAUAGCAACUACUCAAACCUAGACAGGAUUAAAGAGUGGCUAGAUCAACUCAUCACACCGCAGCUUUCCAAGCUAACUGAGAGAUUCAAUCUGAAAAAUAUCAACAAUGACGCAAAGGCGCAACUGUACGCUCUCAUAGGUUCAGCCGCACUUCAUCCACGCUAUGUCACCAAACGGACAGGAAACGGUUUUGAUGUUUCUUUUGUUGUUCAAUGUAUGAUUGGUGAUGAAAUAAUUGGAGAAGGAGAAGGACCCAACCUGAAACAAGCCGGGCUUAGAGCUGCAGAAGAUGCGUUGAGCAGGAGGGAAGUCAUUGAAAAGUACGUCAAGCUGCGGGAAGCCACCCCGAAGGAAGUUUCUGUUGUUCCGAAUACCAUACAGGAAAAUACCAAGGUGAAUACACAACAGCUGAAACCACAACCAGAAAACGAUAAUAUAACUCUACCGGCACGGGUGCCGCAGUCAGAGGUGGAUGCGAUGUCGUCCGACAAGCUCUACGCUAUUUUGUCAAAAAGCAAGAUUUUGCCAGUCUACAAAACUGUUACCAGAGGUCAUGAAUUUGAGACCACUCUACUGAUAAACAACGUGGCAGCCUGUAUAUCAUCUGCUCCGAGUAAGAAAAAGUCGAGAAAUCAAUGUGCUGCAUUUGUUCUCGCCCACCCCGGAAUUCUGCCCCGUUGUCACGCGUUCGUUGAUUGAAAGAUUGAUGUCAUAGUAAUAAAUAAUGAGAAUAAAUAGAGACAUUGGUGGGCUCAUGUGAUACCUAGGUAAAGAUGAGCGUUCUCGUCCUGGAUCUUCUCAAUCUUGGGUCCGAAGCUCCCCACACAUUGGGCCAUGGUUUUGGAGUUUCUAGAAAUGACGUCCGUGAAAUAGAAGUUCUCUAUAGGAUUCUUCAAGGUAUCACCUUUGAUAGCACCCACUUUGACGGUGGCAGCGUUAUUCAAGCUCAAAGUGUAAAGUUCGGUAGACGUGGGUUCAACAACGUCGUAGUUCACCAAAUGUGGAGCAAUGUUUAACAUUCUGGACCUCAAUUGCAUUUCGUGCUCAUACGGUAGCCCAAGACCCACGUAUUCGCUUAUGGCUUUUAUAAUUUGCCAAUCUUGUCUAGCAGAACCUGGAGGUCCAAGAGCCGCACGGGUAAGUUGAGCACGGCCUUCAGUGUUAACGUAAGUCGCGCUCUUUUCGGUGAAUGCUGCCCCCGGGAGAAUCACAUCUGCCAAAGAAGCACCAACAUCUCCGUGAGAACCAAUGUAAAUAACAAACGAAUCUUUAGGGAUGGUUGUGGGAUCAACCUCAUCUGCACCCAACAAGAAAACAAUCUUUGAAUUAGCUGACUUCACCUUGGGGCUUUCGGUGUAGAAUCCAAUGUCCAAGGCACCAGUUCUAGCUGCUUCUCUGUGGAGUAAGUUGAUUGCUUUCCAAUCAUCGUUGUUGAAGUUUGGUUUCCCGGCAGCGAAUAAGGAAAGGAUCUUCUGAAUUGCGAGCGAGUCCCUAUUUUCUAACACACCGGAACCAACGAUAACCAUGGGAUUUUGGGCAUUCGCUAGCUUAUCACCAAGUUUACCUUUUAAUGCAUUGACCAAAUCAUUCGCAGAAGACCCAAAGUAUUCGUAUUCAAAGGUAGAGUCAAAUUCUUCACCAAUCAAAGAAGCCUCCAUGUUAGAGUUAAGCCAUCUAUUCCUCAACUUUGCGUUUAAGCAAGGCGCCUCGUGCCUUGGGUUCGUGCCAAUCAAAAGCAGUUGAUCGCAUUCGUCAAUGCGCUCGAUGGUCGAAUUGAACAGAUAGUUAGAGCGGAAAUCAAUCGAUGGAAUAUUGGUGAUGGGAACAUCAAGACUUAGGUUUUCAGAAUUCAUUCUGUUGAUCAAAUCUUUCAGAGCAACCAUACUCUCAACGUCUGCCAGAGCUCCAGCAAUUCCUUUGACCUCAUUUUCGGCCGGUUUCAGUUGUUCGUAUUUCUCCUUGAUCAGGCUCAACACAUCGUGCCAAGUCGCGUCGGCAAACAUGUGAUCCACUUUGAUCAUUGGCUUAGUCAGUCUUUGAACUGAAAGUCCAUCGUAACUGAAUCGGGUUUUAUCACUUAUCCACUCCUCAUUGAUCUCGUCGUUCAGUCUAGGAAGAACUCUCAUGAUUUCAGAACCCCUGCUGUCCACACGUAUAGCAGAACCCAAAGCAUCAGUCACAUCUAUUGUCUCAGUACGCUUCAAUUCCCAAGGCCGUGCCUUAAAAGCGUAAGGCUUCGAAGUCAGAGCUCCGACAGGACACAAAUCAAUCACGUUCCCACUCAUUUCGGAGUUCACGUUUCUCUCCACAUAAGUGCCAAUCUGGAGAUCAUUGCCUCUACCGGUGCUUCCCAUUUCUGGGGCCCCAGCAACGUCGUUCAAAAAUCUCACACAUCGAGUACAGUGAAUACAUCUGUUCAUCGACGUCUUGAUCAACGGGCCAAGGGCCUUGUUUUCGACAGCUCGUUUACCAGACACCUCAUGAAAACGGCCUCUGUCAGAACCGUACCGGAGUGUUUGUUCUUGGAGAUCACAUUCUCCACCUUGGUCACACACAGGACAAUCAAGAGGGUGGUUGUACAGCAGGAAUUCUGUAAUUCCUUCCCUAGCUUUUUUCACCUUUUCAGAAUUCGUGAGCACGGACACUCCAUUCAUAACCGGCAUGGCGCAGGCAGCAGCCAUUUUGGGAGACUUCUCAAUCUCAACAAGACACAUACGGCAAUUUCCUGCAAUAGCCAGUUUGUCAUGGUAGCAGUAUCUUGGGAUCAUGAUACCAGCCUUAUCUGCCGCUUGAAUGAUUGAAGACCCUGCCUCAAUUUUCACACUAACACCAUCAACCUUGAUUUCGACAUCUUGGAAACGGAACCCGCUCGUACUGAAUCUUCGAUUACCUGCUUCCCCACAUUUCCUAAGGAAAAAUGCCCAAGACCGUGAGCCCAGUAUUGUUCGCUCCCCAAACAUGGCCUAUUAUGAUUGGAAAACGAUAUGUAGUACUAUCUACCAAAGCUUUUUUGAAGAACCACCCAAACAAACCAGACUAACAAC